AGAAAAACUAAAAAGGCAAAGGAAGAGAAGAAAAGGGUAAUGGUGGGCAUGUGACUGAUCACGCUUCGUCUCCUCCACCGCUCAACAGGAACACAAAAAAAAAAAGCUCCCCUUUAGAUACACUCUCUCGCUUCCCGGCGUUUAAAUCUCUCUCAUCUCGCAACCGCCGUCUCCGCCGUGGGGAUUUACAUCGCCGCCUCACUUCUUUUUUACGACCUCCCGCCGCCGCCGCCGGAGAUAUCAGGAACUAAUGAUGAUGAUGAUGUAAAAAAGGCGUUGACGAAAGAUACGAGAGGGAUUGAGAUCUGUCGAUUUGGUUUCUCAAAUGCUAGCCAAGAAUCGGCUGCCUGGAAGCGGCCACACUACUCCGUCUCCUCCGGCGUCUCCUCGCCGUUCUCCUCGUUACCGUCACGGCCGUUCUAAAGCCGCCGCCGCCGGUACUAGAUUUCCUACGGUUCAGCCAAGUCGCACACUCGCCCAUCGCCUCUCCUGGAUCCUCUUAUCGGUUCUUCUCCGUCGUCAGGGAAUUUUCCUGUUCGCUCCUCUCAUAUACAUCUCUUGUAUGCUCCUUUACAUGGGAACCGUCUCCUUCGAUGUUGUCCCGAUCAUCCAGCGUCGACCUCCCCCUGGAUCCGUUUACAAAAGCCCCCAGGUUUACGCUAAGCUCCGCCCUGAGAUGGACGCCGAUAAUUCCACCGCUGAUGCGAUAUCAACCAUUUGGAAACAUUCCUAUAAAGGUGGGGAAUGGAAGCCAUACGUGAACAAGUCCACUGGAGACUUGCCCGAGUCAAAUGGUUUCAUAUAUGUCGAGGCGAACGGAGGCUUGAAUCAGCAGCGGACAUCGAUAUGCAAUGCGGUUGCUGUGGCAGGCUAUCUUAAUGCUACUCUAGUAAUUCCCAACUUUCACUACCACAGCAUAUGGAGAGAUCCAAGUAAAUUUGGGGACAUCUAUGAUGAAGAAUUCUUUGUCAAUACCUUAGCAAAUGAUGUGCGGGUGGUUGAUACAAUUCCUGAAUAUCUAAUGGAGCGUUUUGACUAUAACAUGACAAAUGUCUACAACUUCAGAGUUAAAGCAUGGUCACCUAUUCAAUAUUAUCGAGACUCGAUCUUGCCGAAGCUACUUGAGGAGAAGAUUAUACGAAUAUCCCCAUUUGCAAAUAGACUUUCAUUUGAUGCUCCUCAAGCUGUCCAGAGGCUUAGAUGUUUGGCUAAUUACGAAGCCCUGAGAUUUUCGAACCCCAUACUAACCCUAGGAGAAACUCUGGUGAAGAGAAUGAAAGAGCAAAGUGCAAACCACGGCGCAAAGUACGUUUCUGUACAUCUGCGUUUUGAAGAGGACAUGGUAGCUUUCUCCUGUUGCAUAUUUGAUGGCGGGAACCAAGAAAAACAAGAUAUGAUUGCAGCAAGAGAACGAGGAUGGAAAGGAAAGUUCACAAAACCAGGCCGUGUUAUACGACCUGGUGCUAUCAGGCAAAACGGAAAAUGCCCUUUAACUCCUUUAGAGGUGGGUUUAAUGCUUAGAGGAAUGGGGUUCAACAAAAGCACAUAUAUUUACCUUGCAUCUGGUGAGAUAUAUGAUGCGAAUAGAACUAUGGCCCCACUAUUAGAGAUGUUCCCAAAUUUACAAACUAAGGAGAUGCUUGCAUCAGAGGAGGAACUUGCUCCAUAUAAGAACUUCUCGUCCAGAAUGGCUGCAAUAGAUUACACGGUCUGUCUCCACAGUGAGGUAUUUGUGACCACACAAGGUGGAAACUUUCCUCAUUUCCUCAUGGGUCAUCGGAGAUAUUUGUUUGGAGGACAUUCCAAGACCAUAAGACCGGACAAGCGAAAGUUGGCAAUCCUCUUUGACAAUCCCAACAUCGGAUGGCGGAGUUUUAAACGUCAGAUGCUAAACAUGAGGUCUCAUAGUGACUCAAAGGGGUUUGAGCUAAAACGACCUAAUGACUCCAUUUACACGUUUCCUUGCCCUGACUGCAUGUCCCGUAGGAACAAAACAACAAGCCCAGAUUCCAGACCAUCCCCUGCCACCUGAAAACACACUAUUGAUUAUAGGCCUUCCAGAAUCCUCUGCUAAAGGCCGUGUGUUCAUUCCUUGUAAUUCUUUCAAAUCAGACAGGACUAAGAGACUCAGCCUGCCCAGAAUUGUAGGGAGACAACGUAUGGAGGGGUCUCGGAGUCGUCUAUUUUUAUCUCCAGGAAGGUUGGCGGAGGAGUAACAGCCACAACAUUGUUUGAUACUUUUAACACAUUGAAGCUGACGUAUCUAACAGGAGAGACGAAAUUGAAGUUAUAACUCAUUCCCUUAGCUGCUGCUGAGCAAAGAAAAUAGGACAGCGUUUGGAUUUUGGUUAUUUUUUUUUGUUUUGGUUUUAGGGGGGUGUUUUGCGGUUUGAAGCGUUUGCGUUUUGUACAUUUUGUAAACGCAGGCGUCAAGAAGAGUCUUUUGUGUUAGGAGAUAUGUAGAGAAAGGACAGGAGAAGCUGCCCGAAAAGUUUUGUAUAUUGUUUGGUUAGAGAGACUCUCAGUGUCUUCCUUUUUUUUCUUUUUUGAAAUUCUUUGAAAUAGGAGGGGUUUUCAUUUAUUUCAUCAUAUUCUUAUGAUUCUUUA